AUGGCGCCCUCAAGCCCAAAACCACCCCCCGUAGAUUUUCCCUCGCCAGACUUUUCCUUCAGUGGAGGCAACUCACCAGUCUCACAUUCAUCAGGUCCACUCAUCUCGCCAGAUUGGGGAGAAUACAAUAACGACUGGAAACACUGGAAACAUUUAAUCCCAAAGCUACCAUCACCACGAUCUCGUGCACUUACACCGCCGGGCUUCAGCGAUGAAAAUGAUGAUAAGCGUCUGCAGCGACCAGCUGCAGCGUUUCAGCAAUCGCUCUGGUUCAAAAUCCCUGCUAAUCUAAGACGCGAUAUCCUUCGGCUGGCAUUUGGAGAUAGGCGUCUUCAUAUGCAUCUUGCUUUUGAUGCUGCUCGUCGUACCCCAGAAGAUGCAGAUGAUCUUGAAGCUUAUGAACUAGGUGAUCCGGAUGAUGAUGAUGCUCCAGGCCUACGGAGAAAGCUCUGGUCUUGGAAUGGCUGUAUCUGCGCUCGGAAGUAUGACCCAGAGCUGGGACCCAUGACGCGCGGUGGCCUCAAUCCGGGUCCGUGGAUUGACCGCUGCUGUGAUCCGAUCAAUGUCCCAAAGCCACGACCCGAAAAUAUCGGGAUAAUGGGCUGGCUGCAGUCCUGUCGGCAAAACUACGCAGAGACGAUUGAUGUUUUAUACUUGACAAAUACCAUCAUUAUCUCCGAUGAAGCAACAAUCGCUGAACUCCCAUCGCUUAUACCCCACCACCAUCUCACCAAGAUCACCUCCCUCGAGAUCAAAGCCCCCAUAACCAAAGACAAUGUCCUCGAGGAUGUCACCAACCUCAUUCUUCCCGACCCGCAUUCUCCCCGCUUCCUGAACCUUAAACGUCUCUACAUCUCAAUGGAAUGGAGCGGCGUGAACGUCGGCGAUCCAGAUCCAGAUGAACUAAUCGCAUCAUUCGACAUCCUGGCGCGAACAGUAGAAGACUGCUCUUUCGCUAUCCCCAUGGAGUGGUUCUCGCGUAUCUCGUGGGGUCAGAUGCGAAACGCGACGACAGGCAGACAGAUCACCUACAGUCAAUUUUGGCGUACUCUCGGGAAUGCCGAGGGAGACAAGGAUGGGUAUGAGGGUGGGCUAGAUGUUAUACAGUUACCUUAUGUUGAUAGCUACCCGAGGCCUCCGUAUCAUUUGGAGAGUCCAGGUGCUGGGUAUUGGAUCCUGGAGGCGAGUGAGAUGUCGUUGAGUACGCAUUAUGAUUUUCUGACUGGGCACUAUGAUGAGGAGUUUGAGAUAUAACCUCUUGGGGUAUGGAGGGACCUACAGGCAUCUGACUCCUGAUAGCAGAGACUUUUGUUAAGCCGUGCUAUAAAAGCGAUUUAUUAAUAUUCCGUAAUUCCAAUCGUGGAUAUUGGAUCCUGCAGGCAAGUCAAGUAUACAAUUGUUUGAUCGG